CGAUUCGGGCUCCCGGCUCCCGCUGUACUCGCAGCUCUGGCUUCGCUGGCUUCAUUCAUCAUUCCGUCGUCCACCCCUCGCCCAGACCCUCUCUCCGCCCGCCUUUCCCGCGCCCCACGCUGCCGCGUCUCCUGGCCAGCUUGCCGCCAGCUCUUUGGCCGGGGACCUUCUUGGAGCUUAAAUCGGACCCUUGUCACUCCCUUCUUAAACCCCGGGGGCAGCGCCCUGUAGCGGGCAGCCCAGGCCAGGCCCCAGGCGGCCGGGCGCUCUCCUGCCGCGCGUCCUGGCUCCUGAGACCCCGGAUCCGUGCUCCUUCCCUCGCUGCUACUCCUGGAGCUCACAUGGGUCUGGGGGUGUUGGGGUGCAGGGGCACCGUCCAUGGCACGCUGUGUGAAUGCCGAGACUUCCGCGUGGGUCCGGGCACACUAGCCCUAGGCCCUCACGCGCGUCCCCUCUUAUCGCUAAAGGGGAACGAGGCCUGCCCGGCUCCAGGUAGGAGGAGCUGGAGCGGCGAGGGGGCGGGACGGCCCCAGUGCGAGUCUCGCAGGAAGCCGGAAGCCUGACCGUAGGUGCCACCUUGCCGUCCUCGACUCCAUCCGAGCCGGGCUGUAGCCUCGGGACUCCUUCCUGCCUGGGCGCUGCGUGCUCCUGCCCAGGCUGGGUGCUGGCUGCAUCCGCUGUGGCCAAGCGUUCGCUGCUCCCUGGGGCUGCAAGGUGGGGACCGGCAACGCAGUCAACCCGGGCUGGGGCGUCCGGCCCUCGCACCCACGCCUGAGCCAUGAGGACGGCACUCGUGCACCACGAGGACAUGAAGGCCGCUAGGCUGCUCUGGGACGACCCCGAGUGUGAGAUCGAGUGUCCUGAGCGCCUGACCACCGCCCUGGGACGCCUGCAGCAGCGGGGCCUGGAGCAGAGGUGUCUGCGAUUGACGGCCCGAGAGGCCUCGGAAACGGAGCUGGGCCUGGUGCACAGCCCAGAGUACGUGGCCCUGUUGCGGGGGACCCAGGCCUUGAGCACGGAGGAGCUCCAGGCACUGUCGGGACGGUUCGAUGCUGUCUACUUCCAUCCGAGUACGUUCCACUGUGCCCGGCUGGCCGCGGGGGCUGGGCUGCAGCUGGUGGACGCAGUGCUGACGGGGGCUGUGCACAACGGGCUUGCCCUGGUGAGGCCUCCUGGGCACCACAGCCAGAGGGCCGCCGCCAAUGGGUUUUGCAUGUUCAAUAAUGUGGCCAUAGCGGCCAAGCACGCCCAGCGGGAACAUGGGCUGCACAGGAUCCUCAUUGUUGACUGGGACAUCCAUCAUGGCCAGGGCAUCCAGUAUAUUUUUGAGGACGACCCCAGUGUCCUUUACUUCUCCUGGCACCGCUACGAGCACGGGCGCUUCUGGCCCUACCUGCCAGAGUCCGACGCAGACGCCGUCGGGCAGGGCCGGGGCCGAGGCUUCACGGUCAACCUGCCCUGGAACCAGGUCGGGAUGGGAAAUGCCGACUACGUGGCCGCCUUCCUGCACGUGCUGCUCCCCCUGGCUUUCGAGUUUGACCCUGAGCUGGUGCUAGUGUCAGCAGGAUUCGACUCGGCGAUCGGGGAUCCCGAGGGGCAGAUGCAGGCCACGCCAGAGUGCUUCGCCCACCUCACGCAGCUGCUGCAGGUGCUGGCUGGCGGCCGGGUCUGCGCCGUGCUGGAGGGUGGCUACCAUCUGGAGUCGCUCUCCGAGUCCGUGUGCAUGACAGUGCGGUCCCUGCUGGGUGACCCCGCACCGCCCCUGUCAGGGCCCAUGGUGCCACGUCACAGUGCCCUGGAGUCCAUCCAGAGCGUGCGGGCAGCCCAUGCCCCUCACUGGCUGAGCCUCCAGCAGCAAGGCUCCACCCCUGUCCUGAGUCCCAGCACCUACUCCCCGGAGGGGAGGCCCUCACCUCUGCUGCCUGGGGGCCCUGAACUGAAGGCCGCAGCAGCCCAAGCCACAGUGGCACUAAGGGCCCUCCUGGACCAGCUGCACCUGCGCCCCACGCCACCUGUCCGCAUGGCUGUUGCUCUGACUCCCCUGGACACUGCCCUGGUCCUACCCCCCGAUGUCCUCCAUCAGGAGGGGUCAAGCCCGAAGGAGGAGACACAGGCCUGGGCCAGGCUACACGAGGCCCUGGCCACGGAGGAGGCUGUCACUGCCCUUGGGAAGAUCCUGUAUCUCUUGGAUGGGAUCUUGGAUGGGCAGGUGAGCAGCGGCCUCACAGCCACCCCGGCCCCAGCCACAGUGGCCAUUCUGGACGUGGCCCUCCGGCACAGCCUGUCCCGGGGAGCCCAGAGGCUUCUCUGCGUGGCCGUGGGACAGCUGGAUCGGCCAUCGGACCUUGCUGACGAUGGGAGGACUCUGUGGCUGAGCGUCAGGGGCAAGGAGGCAGCUGCCCUGUCCAUAUUCCAUGUCUCCAUGCCACUGCCGGGGACGACUGGUGGGUUCCUGAACUUUGUCCUGGCGCUGGUGCUGCCCCUGGCCUAUGGCUUCCAGCCCGACCUGGUGCUCCUGGCCUUGGGGACAGCCCACGGUCUGCGGGAGUCCCAAGCUGCGCUGCUGGCUGCGCUGUUGCGAGUGCCGGCAGGGGGCCGAGUCUUGGCCCUCCUGGUUGAGGAGUCCGCACCCCAGCUGGCAGGUGUCCUGGCCCAGGUGCUGCAUGGAGAGGCGCCCCCCAGCCUGGGCCCCUUCUGCGUGGCCUCCCCAGGGGACAAGCAGGCCCUGAUGCACCUGAGAAGGCAGCUGGAGUCUCAGUGGAAGAUGCUGCAGGUGGCCGGUGAGACUAGGGGAUACGGCUUACACGGAAUGCCUGGGACCCUGGGGGACAAUCCUGCUUUAGAGCUCCGUGUGGACAGUGGCUGCGUCCUGAGAGCGGGGCGCUGCCCUGAACCGGCACAGCAGUGCCAAGCGGAUUGCGCGCCUCUUCCAGCUCCCGCUUGAGUGCUGCUGACCUGGCUGCUUGACACCGGCCAGGGCGGAGGUAUUUGCACCCUGGAAAUGACACCGCAGACCGGAACCCCCUGUUAAACAUUCACCGGCACAUUGGGGCCUUGUUCCCGACGUCCCGCGCGCUGGUGCAGGUUCAGGAGCGUUUUGUCGG